AAUAUGAACACAAAAACAAAUAAUUAUUCUAGAAAUAUAAGGGGAAUAUUAUCGAUAGAUCUAUAAACCGGAAUAACUAGCGAAUUAAUCUAACAAAAUGCCACGAGACAGAGAUCAAAGGUUGUCAGAGACGAAACACGAACGUCGCUCCCACAGCUCAAGCAGCCACAAAUCCAAGCAUGAUAAAGAAAAAUAUACAAAACAUAAGAAAAGGAGCCACAGUAAACACAAAAAGCACAAACAUAGAAGGAGCUCCAGUUCAGAUUCGAGCAAAAGCAGUGAUAGCACUUCUUCAGACGAUUCUGUGAAGCUGCUUCAGAAACUGAGUGAAGAACGCAUCAAAGCCACUGAGGAAAAGAGACACAAGGAGAUUGUCAAAGCUACUGAGACAGCUGAGGAGAAAAGACUUAGAAGGUAA